AUGUAUUUUGAAUAAGAAUGUAGAAAAUUUUUAAGGCCUCGUAGAUUAGAAUACCAAAUGUUUGACUUGGGUACUAAUCAAGAAUAUUUAAGGUCCUGAAAGACUCUCUCUUGCAAAUGGAACAUUGUUCAAACAUGAAAUUAGUAUUAUAAAUCGUUAGGGUCAUCAAUUAAAGUGCUCUUUUUUUCAAAUAAACCCAUUAAGUGAUUGCUGCAUAAUUUAUUGUCAUGGUUUUAAUGGUUGUCAAGUAGAAGGAGUCAAAUAUGCUCAUAUUGCAGCUUAAUAUAAUCUUAAUUUUUGCACUUUUGAUUUUCAAGGAUGUGGUCAUAGUUAAGGAGAUCUCAUAACAUUUGGGUAACAUAACUUAUUUAAAUAGGUAUUUAGAACAAAAUGACAUUACAUGCAUUAUUUUAGAUAUCAAAAAAAGAUUCUAAUAAAAUUAGUUUAUUUUAUGGGGGAGGUCUUUGGGAGCGACUACCAUCUAGUUAAAAAAACAACCUUAUGUAAGUGGAUAUGUAUUGGAUUCAUGUUUUACUGAUCUCAAUAAGGCAUGUGUAAAGAUGAUUUAAAAGUCCACUUCGUUACCAAAGUUGAUAAUUAAAAGUGUACUAUAUCUUCUAAAAGGUAUAAGUAAAUAUAAAAAAUCUAGGAAAAAUUGAAUCAUAAGGCAAUUUCAAAUUUGAAGAUAUCAAAAUUUAAAGGGCUGAUUCUAGUGUACCAACUCUUUACAUUUGUAGUGAUUAAGAUACAUUAAUAAAAUCUAAAAAUACAAUUGGAUUAUAUUAGUAACAUAAUGGUUUAAGAGAUCUUAUAAAAAUAUAAGGAGAACAUAAUGAUUCUAGAUCAGUCUAAUUGAUUAACUAAAUCUGUUGUUGGUGUAAAGAGAGAUUUUAAAUUAAUCGUUAAUAUUCCUGUCAUGAAUCAUCACCAAUAGAGAUUCGAAAGAAAUAUUAACAUCUAGCAGGAAGAAGUAGUCUAAUACGUACUCCCUCAGAUAUUAUAUCCAAAUAUGAUUUAAACAAAUAAAAUCUUAAUCAUUGUCAAACCUAAUCAACUUCAGUGUUCAAAUACAAUAAUCAACACAUCAUCUAACCAAAACAAUUAUACUUUUAAGAAUCUCCUUAAAAAAUUUUUGGCUAAUAAACUUAAUUCUUAUAAUAAAAAAUGAAUUAGCAAAUAGGGAACAGUAUAAAAUUUAUUCGUAAACCCAUAUUUGAUUGA